ACAGCAGCUGCUGCGCUGUAAAUGGUGAAGUCUUCACCCUCGACAGCAGCAGAGGGCGGGAUAAGGAGUUCUCGGUCCGGAAGACACGAACAGUACCCAAACAGGAAAUUAGAGUCGGGGACCCAGUCUGGAAAGGAGAAAAAAAAUAUAACUUACAGUUUGCUGUUGGCUGAACCUGCAGAACCUGUCUGAGCCUGCCAGAAACCACAGGUCUAGUGAAGAAAGAACUGUAAUGUGCAAUGGCUCUGUUGACCUUGCAUAGGAUCCCAUCCAUCUCUACCGCUCCAGAUGAAAGCCUUCAAAGAAGAGGGAGACUUCAGAAAAGGGAGAGCUUUGCCCUCGUAAAGGGUGCGGUCCUUCUUCUGGAAGACAGCAAGAGCGGGGGUCCCCACGAAGACACCUCACACACCGCGACUUCUCCCGUGAAGCAAAGCAGUGGCGCAUCAGCCAUACAGCACAGACACCUUCAUGCCAUGCUCGAACAGCUCAGACCAGAAGACACCAUCAAGCUGGCGGUGCAGUUGGAGUCUGUCAGCCCGGUCAGAGUCAGGUAUCUGAUCGUCGUCUCCACUCUGGGCAACAAACAGGAGAGCAUGUUGCUGGGCAUGGAUUUCCCUAAUCAGGACAGCGAUCAGUGCACCAUUGGCCUGGUUCUGCCAGUAUGGAGUGACACACAAGUUUAUCUGGACGGAGACGGUGGCUUCAGUGUGACUUCAGCAGAAAAAAGCAGAAUUUUCAAGCCGGUUUCCAUGCAGACCAUGUGGUCAGUGCUGCAGGUGUUGCACGGCUGCUGCGAGCGGGCAGUCAAGGCCGCUGUGAUCCCAGGCAAUGGGUUGGAGUGGGCCCAACACUACCACAAGCACAUCGAGUCUGAUCGCUUCUGCCUCAACGAGUGGGAGGCCAUGAACGACCUGGAGUCAGUGCGCAGGGACAGCGAUCGACAGAGCUCGGCAGACAGGGUUUCCAACGAGAGAUUGAUCAAAGAGCACCUGAGAGACAUUAUGAUGACCGAAGACCUGGACAACCUUACAUCUAAAAUGGUGCACUCGGCCCUGGAGACCAGGAUAGGCUUUGACAUGAGACCCUACAAGGAGUAUAUUGACAAUGAGAUUCUGGUUACUAUGGCUCAGAUGGACAAGCCCUCCAAAAUAUUUGACUACCUUUACCUGGGCUCUGAGUGGAAUGCAGCGAACUUUGAGGAGCUGCAGAAAAACAACGUUGGCUACAUCCUGAAUGUGACAAGGGAGAUUGACAACUUUUUCCCAGAGUCCUUCACUUACAUGAAUGUCAGAGUGUAUGAUGUGGAAGCCACCGACCUGCUUCCUCACUGGACAGACACAUACAACUUCAUUAACACUGCAAGGAAGAGUGGACAGGCAGUGUUGGUGCACUGUAAGAUGGGAGUGUCUCGAUCUGCAUCUACAGUGAUUGCUUAUGCCAUGAAGCAACAGCACUGGCCACUGGAGGUUGCACUUCCCUAUGUUAGAGAUCGGCGGUCAAUUGUCAAGCCCAACGAGGGUUUCAUGAAGCAGCUGCAGACCUACAAUGGCAUCCUCAAUGCAAGCCAACAGCGUCACAGCACACUCUGGAAGCAGAGAGACCAAAGGCAGAAGUCGGUGCGGAAGGAGGAAGGAGGGAAGAAAGAAAAGCCAGAAGAUGAAGAAGAGGAUGAGGAGGACUACGAAGAUGAGGAAAUCGACGAUGAGGAGGAUGAUGUAGAUAGUCCAGAUGAUACAAAUGAUUCAGAUGAAGAUCAAGAAGUAUUUGAAGAGCCCGCCUCCAAGUCUGAUACUGCUGAGUCUCCCGGGCCGACAGAACCAGCAGUCAGCCCUGUCAUUACUGUAAAUGAACCUGAGAAGGUGAUUCCAAGUGUUAAUCGCAGUGGCAGGAUGAACCUCUUCUCCCUCAUGCAGUCCAUUAGUGAAUUAGAUGAUGGGGAUAAAGGACAAGAACUGCUGACUGGCAGUCCAAGAUGGUCACCAGGGCAACGGAGGCGUAGCCAUGUGCGGAGGGGUCUUAUCCACCAGAGAGCAUGUGUAGAUGUUUCACCUGAGCCACGCAGCCUGGCGGAUGCUGGUCAGAGUAAGCCGUAAAGUGAGCAAAAAGAUGGUCAAGCAGGGAAGUAUAUGAGGUAAAGGAACAAUAAAGGAGGCCCAGAGGAGGAAAGUCCUGAAGGACACAUGCCAAGGCUUUUAUACUCCCAUAUUGUAAUUUAUACUUGCAGGGUUUUUUUGUUGCACAUCUCAGCUCACUAUAACUGAUGGUAAGGAUCACACUGCAGUAUUGCUGUACCAGUAAACAACAGGAUUUUUAAAUAAUUUAACUGUCUGUGUACGAUAUUGUGUUAUGGUUGUAAAGUGUUUUAGAAGACAUCUUUCCACAAACAAACCGUUAAGUCUCACCACAGCUCCCUUCUUCCUCCUGCUUUCUGUAGCUGACCAAUCAACACCCCAGAGCUCUAUGCAAUAAAUGUCCCCUCUACUUUCCUCAGUAAAGUUCAUGCUUUAUACUGCCAGCUCUUUAUAACCAUUCAACAAAAAUGUUUGUUCUCAAACGGGAAGAUUUCACUCUGUCCAAGCUGUGCAUUUUGGACCAUAUCAGGGCCAGUUUUAUGGCGCAUGUCUGUUUGCCAAACUAUGUGCCAGUGAAUAUAUUUAAUUAAAAAGUUUAUCACAUCAGUAUGUUACAAACUGUUGUAAUCCAUUUUAUUGUUAUUCUAACUUAACACCAGGACUGCAUGAGUGCCUUCAACCUGAGAAUGAAAUACGACUCUAUGGUGAUUUUAAUGUUUUUAUUAUGAGGUGGUGGCCACAUGUAUUUCUCUUGUACUAUUUCUUACUUGGUUUAAUUGCUUCAUAAAUGUGACAUUCCAAGACUGUGCAUUUAUGCACACAUACAAUAUAUAUGUGUCCAUAUAGAACUGCUGAAGCGUGGGUGCAUGUUUUUGUUUUGUUUUUUAACUAUCCUGUGAGAACAAAUUGUUCAGGGUUUUCUCAUGUAUUUAUAGAAACACUGAAUGAAAUGAAUCGGUUAACUCUUCAGAGAGAUAGAUCUUGCUGGUAUUACUUUUUGGCCGAUGAACUCCUGCUAAAGCUUCAUUUAACAUGCAUGCUCACCAUAAAACGUGAAAAUGUGCACUUUACAAUCCACGGCACACACUGUUCGCACUGCCUGAGACGACAGUGUGCUGUAACAUCAUCAAAAUGAUGUGUUGUUUUCUUCUUUUUAAGCUCUAUUCACUUGUCUACCCCUUGUGUAAAGCUGUUCAACAUCUGCACUUCACUCUUGUUUACAACAAGCACUUUGAGUGAAAAAUAAAUGAUUGUACUCCAA